GAUUCUGUUUGUCCUGAUUUCAGCACUGAUUUCAAAAGAAUUACAUAGAAGAUUGCUAAAAUGGGAACCUUGCGAAAUUGUAGUAAUUGCGACAAGAGGAGUACUGAAAAAGGCAUUUUGCCUAAUUCACUUUCUCGUAUAGACAUGUUGUCAUGGACCAAAGGACUUGCCUUGGACCCUCACAAUCCAAAAGCAUCCCAAUAUUCUUCCAAAAGAUUAUGCAAUCAAACUCUCAAGGUGCGGAAAUUCUUGUUUUCAUGUAAUGGGGAAUCUCCUCCGAGAAAGAAGAAAUUUGAACGGUUUGUAGAAGGUACCAAGUUGAGAGUCGCUUCUUCGUUGGCUCCAAGAGAAUCUGAUAUUGAAAACCUCUCAAAAUUGGGAAACACCCGAUUUUCUUCUGUUUCGCGGUCACUAAAUUCAGGCGACACGACUGAAAGCUGUAAUCAGCAAACAGUCCUAAAUUCACAUAUUGAUACAGAUCACAGUACAUUGAGUUUUGAGGAUAAUUCUCAAGGGAGGCCCGUGAAUAUUGAUAUAAUCUCUCUGGAAGAUGGAACAAAAUGCAGUUCCACAAGAAAUGAUCUUUCUCACUUGAAUAUUAAUAUGGACGGAUGGGUGGAAGAGCUAGCCACACAGGACACAUCAUUGAUGGAUAUCAGUGAUUUGGUGGAAAGUUCAGAUUCAUCAAGUUCAGAGGACCCGAAUCUGAAAUCUCGAAAAGUAGGGAUCAUUGAUAGUGUUCAAAAACCUCGAUCUGUGGCUGAUUUCAUCCAUUCAGCAGUGAGUUUGAUUUCUGGAGAUGAUCAUCUUCCAAGACGGCCUGUUGUUCCCAUUGGGUCAAAGUUUCAGGCUGAAGUUCCAGAGUGGAGACGCCAUGAAAACGAGUCAGAGAACUUGAAGUGGUUAGGCACUCGAGUCUGGCCCAUGGAAAGUCAAAUCAAGGAAACUAGUACCAUGAUGAAAGCAGUUGGGAAGGGGAGACGGAACUCAUGCUCUUGUGCCUUUCCAAAAUCUGUUGACUGCAUUAAACGCCAUGUUCUCUUAAGCAGGCUGGUUUUGGAAUCAGAAGUUGGUCCUGCAUUUUUUAGUUGGAAGUUUGAUGAGAUGGGAGAAGUUGUUUCGAAGUCAUGGACGUUGAAAGAACAACGUAGAUUUGAAUCUCUGGUGAAAAAGAACCCACUAUCGGGGGGAAAAAACUUCUGGGAGCUAGCAUCGAAGCAGUUUCCAUCAAAGUCUAAGAAAAACAUUUUAAGCUAUUACUACAAUGUGUAUAUUCCUAGACGCAUGAGGAUGCGAACCCGAUCUUCCCUUGAUGAAUCUUACAGUGAUGAUGACCAGGCUGCUUGAUGACUGACUGAUUGAGGGUGAAAUGCUAUAUACAAUUAUAGAUUAUGUAAGUAUUGCAUACUUCUUUUGAAAAAUAGUAAAGUUUACUAUUAAAAAAAUUAAU